AAUUAUGGAAGAAGGAAAGAAAGAAGCUACACAACCCCAAGGUCCAACCAAGAAGGCUCAAUUUUUAUUCAGAGUCAUGAAUUUCUGUGAAAACGACCUCAAGAUGACAAAGCCUCAAGCACAGAAGGUCGCAAUGACUUAUAUUAAAGUGCUGAAUGAGAAGAUUAUGGCAUGCAAUUUAGAAGAUUUAGAUGAUAUUGUGAGAGAUUAUGAGUUAAAUUAAUUUCUAAUAAAGCAUUUUGGGAUAUAAUUUGAUAUGGAAAAGAAUGUAGUGAAAGAGGU